AUGCGAAGCAUUCGAAGUUGCCUGUGCCUUGCUACGUUGAUAGCUCAGGUAGCUUGUGAUGCUGUGGUGGACGGCAAGUUAUCCUUCUACACCUCGUCCUGGGAGAAUUGGGACGAGAAUACAGCGCGAUGGUCAGCGUACGAAGCGCCUACUUUCUCCGCCGUAUUCAAGCCCGAAACCGAGGCCGAGCUAUCUCAGGGUAUAGAAUAUCUUGCGAAAUACAAUAUCCCGUACCUGGCAACUAAGCCAGGUGGUCAUGGUAAUGUACCCACACUGGGUAAUUACCAAAAUGUUGUCCAGAUCAAUUUGGACAAUUUUCGACAUGCGGUCAUGAACUCGGACCACAGCAUCACCAUCGGCGGUGGUGCAAAAAUGGUAGAUCUCAUACCGACGCUGCACAGAGCAGGUAGAGAGAUGACUGUUGGAUCCUUCCCUUGCGUUGGUGUUCAUGGCGUGAUGCUCGGUGGUGGCAUGGGCCGCUUGAUGGGCAGAUACGGUUUGAUAAGUGAUGCACUGCUCCAAGCAAAGGUGGCGCUUUGGAAUGGCACAAUCGUUGAGGCUUCAGAAAAGGUCAACCCAGACCUGUUCUGGGGCCUGAGGGGCGCCGGUCACAACUUUGGCGUUGUCCUCGAGUCAACCUAUAAGACUUGGCCGGACGAAGGCGGUCUGCACUACAAUGCUGAUAUGGUCUUCACAGACGACUCUCUUGACGGAGUAGUGAAUACUUACAGAGAGAUUGUCCAGGAUGGUUUGGACCCAUCCUUGUUCUUGAUCCUAGGUUAUAUGUAUGAUGCGGAUGCAAAGAAGCCUCUGCUCAUUAUGAAUGUUGUCUAUGCACACAAUGAAGAAAAAGGCCGCCGAGUAGCAGGCAGAUUUGCUUCAAGCCCGAAGGGAACUGCAGAACCCAUUACGCGGAUCUCUUUCAAGGAGUCAAAUAUGAACUUCUCCGAGCUCGGGUCAGGGAAAGCUGUCCCUGGCGUGUGCGAUGUAAACCUGAAGAACACUUUGUACACCGCUAGCACACCAAGCCUCUUUGAGACCGGCGCUAUGAAAGCUGUCUAUGAGUCGUUUGGCUCUUUUGUGCGCGCGCACCCGGGUGCUAACCGCUCGAUCCUGCUUUUCGAGGCGGCGGAUGGUAAGGCUGUGGACGCAUUGCCCCAUGACUAUUCGGCCUAUGCGCAUCGUGGAAUGAUGACCACCAAUGCAAUCAUCCAGGCGACGUGGGAUGAGGAUGAGGAUGGCAUUGUAGCAGAGGCCGCUAAUGCCUGGGGGAAGGGGGCCCGGGACUUGCUGGCGAAACCAGAGGUAUCUGGUUAUGACAAGCUUCACGCAUACGUGAACUAUGCAAAUAGAGAUGAGCCACUCGCGGCGCUGUAUGGAUAUGACGAGAAACGGCAACGGAGGUUGACGGCUUUGAAGCAGAAAUAUGACCCGCACGGAUGCUUCAAUGCAUAUCGUCCCUUGCCGUUGGAUAUGAGUGGUUGGGAACUACCGACAGCUUCAGGGGCUCCUCAAAGAACGAGAGAUGAGCUAUAG